GGGUGGGACCGGGCCCACCCCCUCCGGCGGGAAGGGGGAAGCGCUGAGGCUGCCUGACUGGAAUGAGGGUAGCUGCAGCGACUGCGGCGGCGGGAGCGGGACAGGCCAUGGCGGUGUGGACACGGGCCACCAAAGCGGGGCUGGUGGAGCUGCUCCUGAGGGAGCGCUGGGUCCGGGUGGUUGCCGAACUGAGUGGGGAGAGCCUGAGCUUGACCGGAGACGCUGCGGUGGCUGAGCCUGAGCCCGCUCUAGGGCCGGCGGCGACAGCCUUCAACGGCCUCCCAAACGGUGGCGGCGCCGGUGACUCGCUGCCCGGGAGCCCGAGCCGCGGCCUGGGCCCCCCGAGCCCGCCCGUGCCAUCAAGGGGUCCGGCGGGCGAAGCUGGCGCGUCGCCUCCGGUGCGCCGGGUGCGGGUGGUGAAGCAGGAGGCGGGCGGCCUGGGCAUCAGCAUCAAGGGCGGCCGCGAGAACCGGAUGCCGAUCCUCAUCUCCAAGAUCUUCCCGGGGCUGGCGGCCGACCAGAGCCGGGCACUGCGGCUGGGCGACGCCAUCCUGUCGGUGAACGGCACCGACCUGCGCCAGGCCACCCACGACCAGGCCGUGCAGGCACUGAAGCGCGCGGGCAAGGAGGUGCUGUUGGAAGUCAAGUUCAUCCGAGAAGUAACGCCAUAUAUCAAGAAGCCAUCAUUAGUAUCAGAUCUGCCAUGGGAAGGUGCAGCUCCCCAGUCACCAAGCUUUAGUGGCAGUGAGGACUCUGGCUCUCCAAAACACCAGAACAGCACCAAGGACAGGAAGGUCAUUCCUCUCAAAAUGUGCUUUGCUGCUAGAAACCUAAGCAUGCCGGAUCUGGAGAACAGAUUGAUAGAGCUGCAUUCUCCUGAUAGCAGGAACACGUUGAUCCUACGCUGCAAGGAUACAGCUACCGCCCACUCCUGGUUCGUAGCCAUCCACACCAACAUAAUGGCUCUCCUCCCACAGGUGUUGGCUGAACUCAAUGCCAUGCUUGGUGCAACCAGUACGGCAGGAGGCAGCAAGGAGGUCAAGCACAUUGCCUGGCUGGCAGAACAGGCAAAACUGGACGGUGGAAGGCAACAGUGGAGACCGGUCCUCAUGGCUGUGACUGAGAAGGAUCUGCUGCUUUAUGACUGUAUGCCGUGGACACGGGACGCCUGGGCAUCGCCAUGUCACAGCUACCCUCUUGUUGCCACAAGGUUGGUUCAUUCUGGCUCUGGAUGUCGAUCACCCUCACUUGGAUCUGACCUCACAUUCGCUACCAGGACAGGCUCCCGGCAGGGCAUUGAGAUGCAUCUCUUCAGGGUGGAGACACAUCGGGAUCUGUCGACCUGGACCAGGGUACUUGUUCAGGGUUGCCAUGCUGCUGCUGAGCUGAUCAAGGAAGUCUCUCUAGGCUGCACGUUAAAUGGCCAAGAGGCAAGACUCACUGUCCACUAUGAAAAUGGGUUCACCAUCUCCAGGGAAAACGGAGCUCCCGGCAGCGUGCUGUACCGCUAUCCCUUUGAACGCCUGAGGAUGUCUGCUGACGACGGCAUCCGGAACCUGUACCUGGACUUCGGCGGCCCCGAGGGGGAGCUGACCAUGGACCUGCACUCUUGUCCGAAGCCGAUUGUAUUUGUGUUGCACACGUUCUUAUCGGCCAAAGUCACUCGCAUGGGACUGCUUGUAUGAGCAGCAAAAAAUCAGAAAAGAGCCUUGAAUGUCACAAGAAGUAUUUCCACCUCCAAGAAAAAAAUUUUUUUUAAAGCACAAAAAGAAAGCUCUUUUCUCUAUCCUCCAGCACAGUGCCUUGACAAGGACCUGCAAAUCACUGCUGACCCACAACCAUGUUUAAAGAAGAGCCUGCCUUUCACAAGCUACCGUGGCCAGAAUUUCUAGGAUUCUGAUAAGCUCCAAAAUGAAGCUAUUGAUUUAUUGGCUGGUUUCCUAACAUGGUUUCUAAGUAAUUCUGUUUAAUUCUCCUGUUACAAAGGGUGGCUCGUUGUUUUUCUUUCUGGACAUAGUCAAAUAUCUAAGAAGUUGUUUUUCUUCUUUUCUUCCUGUAGGAUUUAUUUCAAACUUAGCUUUGGAUGACUGUCUCUUCCCAGGUGCUAGUUUGCAGCAGCCCGUGCUUCUUGGUCAUUCCAGCCAGGCUCUCGUUGUGUUGGCAUUUUGGAGUUUAUCGUCCUCCCUUGCUCACUCCCUCCACCCCAGGAGGUCCUCAAGUUGUAUCACCAAAGCGUUCUCCCAUCUGCCCCAGCUCUCACUGCAUCCCACGCUGGACCCACUGCAUCACAAGCUUCGCCCCUCCUAAGUGCUAACUUUAGGUCUUAGGACUCACAAGAUUUGAUUUGCCUUGCUUUCCACUCCCUUGUUGGUGGUGACCAAGUUGAAAAGCAAGUUGGAAACCACUGCUUUAAAAAAAAGUUUUACUCAUUUGAGGAUUUUCUGAUUUUCUCUUUGGUAGGAGCCAGGAGAUAUGGUUAAGAUUUAUUUUAAAAGAAAAAUCCUCAUUUUAGCCUAAGCCAUUUUUUAUUGUUACCAAAUGUGCCUUUGGUUAGGGUUAGUGGAGCUUUAUUAGUCACUAUUUGAAUAACUGGAUAUCACUGCCACUCCAGGGAGAUCAUCUAUCCUAGUUUCAAAGAAUAGCCUUUGAGGCAGCUUUCCUUAGUGGUGUCUUUCCUAAUGGGCAGAUAUCUUUGAGGAAGAUAAAUCCUGGAGAGCAAGCUUGUUUUAAGAGUAGAAUUUGUGGGAGAAGUGGGCUUUGCAGCCCAAACAAAAUAUCAAGUUGUUUUGGGCUCUGUGCACCCAUGUGGGAUCCUGGCCCUGGCUCUGGCCCUCUCCAUUUGUGGCAGCAGAGUGGCAUGAACAGGCAGCUAACUCAGGACUGUGUGACUUAGUACUGCGUCCUACAGUGGGCAGUAUAACAAGACCAUGGAACAGCUGCCUGGGUUUUGCUAAGCAGUAAGAUGGCUGACUUUGUGGUACUGGAGAGCACAUUUAGCUUGUUAUGUCUAAUUUUGAAGUAGGUGUGUAUCUGAAAACUUUUAAAGUAGUGUAACGGCUAUAUAAAACAUCAAGUAGCACAGUCCCUGGAACUCAGAAAAGUAAUAUUGACAUGGGUGUUCUCUGUGUUUUCUCAAGAAAGGACUGGGUUUAGUUCUCAUUUACCAGACCGAUCAGGAGUGCCAGAAGAGGAUGUGAACACUCUGGAGGAUGCAGAUAUUUGGUUUGAGUGCAGACUGAUGUACAGGUGGGACAUGUGAAAGAGCCGAAUCAUGGGCAGAAAGUCCUAGUUAGACAUUGUAACCCCAUUGUCUUCACUGCUUCCCUGUGUACGGUGAGAUUAACCAUAGGCAGAGGCUGGGGAGAGAUGUCUUUUCUGCCCCCAACAUCAGUCCCAAAAAAUGAAUGAUAUGAUCCACUUAAAACUGGAAAUUUAAAUCUAGACUAGAAUAUGUUCUUCAAGAGCUUUCUAUGUUUUGAAAAUUCAUAAACCCCAGUUUGCUUCCAUCUGGAGUUAAGUUUACAAAUUAGGGAAGAUAAAAAUACCUUAAAGGUCCUGCUAUGAUUUCUGGAAGGAUUUAGACACAUAAUACUCUCAGAUGAAGGAGCUUAGACAUUCUUUGCAGUGAGAGUAUUAAUCUGAGAAGAUGAAUCAUGUAAUCACAGACUUUGGCAGCAAAGCCAUUUAGCUGAGGUUUUCUGUGUUAGUGUGAAAGAGCCACCUGCUCAACAGUUACAUGAAAAAGGUCUGUAAAAAGGCUGUGACUAAAAUGUGGGCAGGAGAGGCAAGGCAUGUGUGCAUUUCAGACCCUUUUGCUCAAACUUAAACCAUCAUGUAUAGCCCCUAGGUCCAUAGGGUUUUUAAUACUUAAUAGGGUUUUGAGUCAUAGUGUGAAAUGAAAUUGUGUGGGAGGUUUCCUGUGACCACUAGCACCCCCAGGGCAAGAGCCCUUAAGCCUGUUCAGCAUACGUCAACAGCUUUCCAGUGAUGGGUGACCAGGUUGUUCUUCCAUUGAGUGUAUUAGUGGGAUUUUCGAUCCACAGUAGGGAUCUGCAUGUGAGGAGGGCUGACUGCAUCCAUUGCUCUGCACCCUUUCUUAUAAAGAACGGGGGCCUCCACGGAGUUUGGUGUCCAUGGGCAGUCCUGGAACCAAUCCCUUGUGGAUGCCAAACUGUAGAUAAGUUUUGGGGGGCUCAGAUGCCAAUAAGUGGAUUUUUGACUGCAUGGGGAGUUGGCACCCCAGUCCCCACGUCCUUCAAGGGUCAAGUUGUACUUUGUAUUUAGAUGCCAAAAUAUGGCAAGUUAUUUUCAAAUGAUAACUAAUAAUUGACAUUUUUUGAUAGUUCACAUCUUUUAUAGAACAGCUGACUUUUCAUUUCCUUUUUAUGUUGAAUUAGGAAAAUGGCUUAGAAUGCUGUGGGCUUCCAUGUGUAGAAUGUAAAGGAAUUGCAGAAUAGUGUCCCCCUCAUUCCAGUGGACCACUUCCUGUGCCCCCGAGACCAGGCUUAGACAUCUUCUCCAUAUUCCACACAGAUGCCUGUAAAAGCAAAGGCUCAGUUACUGCUUUUCUGAAAAAGGUAAGCCCUUUCCUGAAGUCGUCAAAUGAACCUUACCUGGAAAUUAAUAUGUAAUAUUUUAUAUGAAGAAAUACUUUAUGUUUAUACACUAUUUAUUAGAUAUUUGUAACUGUAAACUCACCUACCUAGUAGACAGAGUUUCAGGUUAAAAACUGGGACAUGCACAGGUCAUCAAAAAUACUACUUUAAAUGUCAUCCACCUAUUUUAAAGCCAUGCCAGUUAGCACUUUUGGGGCUAGGUAAAGUCUGAUCGAGCCUGUUUUUAUCAUCUGUAAUCUCACAGACCUUGAUAUUGAAAAUUACUGCAUGGCAGGAGAGACUGAAGUAUUUAUUUCUUAUAUUUUUGUUAGUGGAAAAGCCUCUAACCAACAAAUGAUUAAAGUUGUUACUGAUUGUUUUCUUAUCCUCCUAAGCAGAAGGGUAACAAAGCUUUUUUUCAGCUGAUUAAAUGCACUUAGCUAAUACACCAAAUUUUUUUUUCUUAAGCUGUGUGGAAUCUGGAUAAGAUUACAUUUCUCCCAGGAAAACAAGUUUUACUGUAAGUCGUUUUGAUGGGCAGAAGUGUGACCAUAACUUUGAGGAAAGGUUAUGAUGGAUGCGUGUGUAUGCGUGAGAACCUCCAGGUCUCCUUGUUUAAUUUAUAUGCAUGUGGAUAUAUUUGUAUGUUUUCAAAAACAUGGGAGAAUCUCCGUAUUUUUUUAUGCAAAUUAUCUUGUAAGCUGCUAUGCAACUUCUUUUAAAAGCCCUACCUACUUAAAGAAUUAAACAUUUUUGAAGCUUUCAGGGAAGACCUGUAGACUUAAGCACUUUCUCUGCUUUUUUGUAUCUUAUCUUGGACACUUAACGCUAAAUUAUGUUAUUGUUUUUACUGGUUAUAAGCUAUUGAUUGUACAUAAUAUUUAAACCAUCCAAAUAUCCAGCAUACAUUUCCAUGUCGCUGCCAUUCGCUAUUGACACCAUGAAUGAAAUGGCUGGCUAGAAAGCCAAAGGUCGGGUUUUUUCAAACCCUAACAAAAAAGUAAAAUGCCAGAUCUCUUCGAUCUCAAAACAUUGUUUGGUCUGAUAUGACUAUCUAUGUAGGAAAAGAGACUUGUUUAACUGUGGGAUGCUUAAACUUUUCAGUUGAAUUUGACUAUAGUCAUAUCCUGUUUAUGUAUCUUUAUCAGGCAUAUUAUGGAGCAGGUGAGACUAUAUUCUGUCUUGAGUUUAGAAAUUUUCAUUCACUUGGAAUUGUUACAGUGGCUCCUGAAGAUGAAAACAAAAGAAUCUGCCAUCUGCUACAAUUCUCUAUGUCCCGAUUUCAGUUGCUUGGAAAUCUAGAAUAAUUUUGACUUUUUAUAUACUUUCUUUAAAAACCAACUGCAGCAGUCAUCCAUCCUCCUUCCUCCUACCUUUUUAAGCCACAUCUUUCACUUUGCUGAGUAUAUAGACACUUGAUAAAUGUUUGAUAAUAGUUUAAAAUAAUUAUGCUUUAUAUCAGGAUUCUGUUAUCUUGAUCAAUAUAGCUAGCUCUUCCUAUGGUGUAAUGAUAUUAAGUGAAAUUUAUUUUACACUAGUAAUAGACUGCUUAAGUGGCUGAUUUGAAAGCCUUUCUCUAAAAAAACGAAAACACCUGGCAGAUAGGUGAUUCGAGUUCAUCCUAUAAGUGGAUCAAAUUCCAGGUUAAGGUACAAUAAGUGGGCACAUACAACACAUGUUUCCUUGUCUCCCUCUGACACUAGCUGAACUGCCAACUGGAAGAAUUAUUGCUGUAUAUUAACUAGAAAAAUAUUUUAACAGGAUUUCUUCUAUUUCAAAACUGAUAUACUUGAACUUAAUCUCUUGCCACUUAUUCUUCCUUUCUACUUCAGGUGACUGAACCAAAGCCUAUUCUGCUUUUCAAAGUGAAUCUAUAUUUGACAAAAUGCAUAAAAUAUGCUAUUUGCAAAUGACUGCUUAUUCUCCAAUGAACAUUUAGUUAUAUUCAACAAAAAUCUACCAUAUGAACUGUAACCCUUGAAUUGCCCAAAAAUAGACUGGUUGGAACUAAAAGGCUAUAGUAGGGAAAUUAUUAAUGCUUUGUUAUACAGGGGUGGACAAAAGUAGGUUUAUAGUUCAUAUGGAAAAUAAUUCAAUAAUCAAAAAAUAAUAAUACAAGAAUAAGCUCCAUUUUGUGUACUUAUAACUAUAAACCUACUUUUGCCUAUCCCUGACGGUUCAGGUUAGGUGACCUGAUAGAUUUGACUUCUGAGUCCUCCACAUACCUCACUCAAUUUUGCAGUAAUCAUCACCUCCGUGCCAUUGACACAAAUGCUUCUUUAGUUUUUGCAUCCCUCUUUAUCCCAGUCACAUACACACCCUGACCCUGGGUGUUCUGUCACCUCUUCCAAAGUGAUAGAAGUCUUGUAUGCACAGACAAAAGGUUCUUUGUAGGCUGGGAGAAAUUUUGAAACUGCAGAGUUAAUUAACAACACAUUAAUUUCUAUAGUCUUCCAUCUGAGACGCAUGUACAGUUCUUCACGGGCACUUACUCCGAAGGGUCCAAAAGAAAGUUCCUGACCUCACACUGCACAUAACCCAUCACUUCUCAAUCGCCCCACGCCCCCUGUCAAUCCAAGGUUAAGUGAAAAACCACUUCACCAAAGCACGGCAGAAGUUCUGCUCAUCUGGCAAACUGCAUGGUGUUUGAAAGGACACCCGGUCUUUGGGCCAUGCCAGCAUGAAAGAAUUACAAACACAUUUAAGUAGGGUGGUCUUUUUAUCAUGCAUAAUUUUUUAAAAUGCAAAAUGAGGAUUUUAGUUUGGGAAGGAGAACACUGUAGAAUAUCCUUAGGGAGAUAAAUCACAACAAUUUUCUAUUGCCCAAAGUGGAUCAAUGGGAAAGUUUUUAAAGAAAUGCUGCUUUUAAUGAUAAUGAGCAAAAUGAACUCACCCCUAUUUCUAAAUUGUGCUGGCCCACUCAUUUUCACACUUACACCCUUCAAAGAUCUCAUCUGCUGUAAGUCCUUACACAUGGUAGAUGGAGUAUUUCUUCUUAAUGAGAGAUCAAAAUGGAGAUAUUUAAAACUUGGUACAAUCCCACUUAUUCUAGACACUGGCAUUCAAACUCAGUAAAAAGGGCACUUAAAAGAAAAUGAGACAUUAUUUGAAUAUUUCCAUAAUUUUUAUAUAGUAACAUCCCUUUCCUGUCCAGCCGCUCUCUUUAUCACUUGGGUCAGCCUUUCGGGUAACAUCCUUCAUCAUGCUCAGGAAGGAUCUGAACUCUGUGACUGGAAUGGCAGAGGGAACAUACUCUCAUGGGUUCCUUCCCCUUUGUUUUCAAGUGUCCUGGAGUCGUGCACAGGCAAAUUCAGUCAUGCCUCCAGUGUCCUGCCUCUCCUGCCCUUUGACAAUCAGGUGCUAAUGAUUAUAUAUUAUUGGAACCAGCACAUGAGUAUUGUCAUGUAAGUGUCUGUUCCUCCCAGGUUGGAAGAAGCGCUUUUCUCCUGUCUCGGUCCUGCUCAGAGUGGGUGUCAGUUAUGUUGUUUUCACCUCUGUUUUGUCAGUUGAGAGAAUUGGGGGGAGAGGAAAUGAUUAAAACUAGGUUUUGGGUUCGGCACAGUUCUCAGUCGUGAUGAUACUCUUCACAACUUAGAGGAAACCCGCCCUUUACUGUAAGAUCCAGAUUGAUCUUUCCUUUUCCUGCAGGGUAGGACUCCAGUGUUACGUUUACAAUCUGUUGGGUGGAUUCAGUGUGAUAAGACCUUGGUACCCAAAGAAUAGUUUCCCUUUUGGUAUCAGACCCAAGGUCUUUUAGAAGAAACUACCCUGUGAAGACCUGUUUUGGCUAAUCUGUGCAAACUCUGAUUAUCCUCACUCGUUUGUAUUCUGUCCCACACUACUUUCAUUUCCGUUAAGUAUUGAGACUUAGAAACCUAGAAUAAUACUGCUACAAAGAAUUCAAAGUAUGUGAUAUUCUGAGGGGAAUUUUUCUUCUGUUGAGAACCCUGUAUUUAAACAAGACUUCAUUUUAAGUGUUGUUUAAAAUAGAAGUUUCAAACCUGGCAUCACCAGACUACCAAAUCAACACCGAUGGCAUAAAACAGGGCAGUGUUUGUGUUCUUGGUUAAAAAAGGAGAAAGCUUUAUGUAAGUGUGCUCUAGAAAUACAAACGCAUAGACAACACUUUCCCUUGAGUUGCACCUCAACGUAUAGCAUUGUAUAUUACAAUGGAAGUUUGUAACUUAAGGGUAUUAUUAUAUAUAUAAAUAAAUAUAUACCUUUGUAAUCUUUAUACUGUAAAUA